AUGGGCAAAUUUCCUGUUGGGCAUCCGAAAAUUUAUGUAGGAGAUGAGUGUAAGGGUUUAGCUGGUCCAAAUUAUACGAAUUUGAAACAAAUUGAUGGUUUGAUCAGAUGUCAUGUAAUUCCACCUCGCAAUUUAUACCAUCCAGUGCUACCAGUGCGAAUGCAUGGGAAACUCAUGUUUCCACUGUGUCACGCGUAUUGCAAGUCUAUGAGCCAAAGCAAUUGUACUGAUGAAGAUGCACCGCGUGAGUUGGAAGGAACAUGGGUAGCGGAUGAGUUAAAUAAAUCCAUCGAACUAAACUAUAGAGUGACAGAUAUUUCCGAGAUAUGGGAAUAUCAGGUUACGCAGUACGAUACAAAAACACGUAAAGGUGCAUUAUUCGUGGCUUAUGUAAACACCUUUUUAAAAAUUAAGCAUGAAUCUAGUGGUUGGCCGAGUGAGUGCCUUGACGAGGCGUCAAAAGAAAAUUAUCUUCGCGAGCAUGUCACGGUUGAGGGUAUAGAGUUAGACCGUGAAAUGGUUUUUAAAAAUCGAGGUUUACGAUCCGUUGGAAAACUCUGUCUCAACUCAUUUUGGGGUAAAUUCGGUCAAAGAGCGAAUUUACCACAUACAAACGUUGUUGAAGAACGUAGACGAUUGUUGGAGUUGUUGACUAACCCAGAGUUGGAACUCCAUGAUAUUACAACCGUCAAUGAUGAUGUUUUAUACGCCACCCGGUCGUAUAAAGACGAGGCAGGUGUGGCAUCACCCUAUACAAAUGUAGUCAUAGCAGCUUAUACCACUGCUCAAGCUCGACCAAAGCUUUUUGACUACUUGUAUCAGUUGGAUCGACCCGUUUUCUACUACGAUACGGAUUCGAGCAUUUAUAUAUGCCAUACAAAUUUACCAGAAUACAAUCCAUCAUUGGGUCGAUUAUUGGGUCAAAUGACGGAUGAGUUGGAGGUGUAUGGCAAAGGUAGUUAUAUUGACACUUUUGUAUCUGGUGGUCCUAAGUUUUAUGCCUAUAGCGUGACCUUUCCAGAUAGAAAAAGUCAUCAGGUUUGCAAACUUAAGGGAAUAACUUUAAAUUAUAAAAAUUUACAAGUAUGCAAUUUUGAAACCAUCCGGGAAAUGGUAGUCAGCAAUGCUCCUCCUAUUUCAAUCUCUUUUAGAGCAAUUCGCCGAUCAAAAUUCCAUGAUGUCAUGACAAGGACGGAGAAAAAACCGUGUAAACCGGUACAUUGUAAGAGAAGAUUCUUUGAAAAUUACGAAUCUUUACCUUACGGAUAUGAUGUAGAGGGGGAAAACAUGGAACAUAGGAAAUAG